AUGUCUCCGGCGGCUGCGGCGGCUGGAGGAGGCGACCGGCGGCGGCCGAUAGCGAGUGUCAGGGACGGCCGGGGCCGGGGCUGGGGCUGCAUCGGGCCGGCCGGGGCGGCGUUUCUCGGCCUGUCGCUGCUCGGGCUCGUGCUGUACCUGGUGCCGGCGGUGGCCGCGCUGGCCUGGCUGGCUGUGGGGGCUACCGCGGCCUGGUGGGGACUGAGCCGCGAGCCCCGCGGUUCGCGCGCCUUCUCGCUGGUUCGAAACGCGCGGCGUCAGCGGACGCUGCUGGCCUCGCCGCCGGCCAAGUCGGCGGUAAACGGAAAUCUCCUAGAACCGCGGAGCCCCCUCGAAGGACCCGACCCUGCUGAACUGCUCCUCAUGGGCAGUUACCUCGGGAAGCGGCCCCCGCCGCCUGCCCCCGCUCUGGAGGCCCGGGACCUGAGGGAGCGGCCUGGCCGCCGCCCACCCGCCCGCCCCGCGCAGCCUGCACACUCGGUCCAUCGCCUUCACCACGCUCACCCCUCCCUCCCCUCUCCUCUUCGACCCUCUCGGAGGCCUUCUCACCGGGAUUGUGGGACUCUAUCAAAUCGGUUUGUAAUAACACCUCGAAGACGCUAUCCAAUCCAGCAGGCCCAAUAUUCCUUGCUGGGGGUGCUUCCCACAGUGUGCUGGAAUGGUUAUCACAAGAAGACUGUGCUAUCUGCUCGUAAUUCCAGAAUGGUGUGCAGCCCAGUCACAGUGAGGAUUGCACCUCCUGAUAGCAGAUUGACUCGUCCUCUACUACCAGAGCAGAUAAUCAAUUCACCACUGUCCUCACCGUCAAGUAACACCCCUGAUCCAUGUGCAAAAGAGACUGUACUGAGUGCUCUCAAAGAAAGGAAGAAAAGGACCGUGGAGGAAGAGGACCAAAUAUUUGAUGAUGGCCAGGAAAAUAAAAGAAGGCGCCAUGAUAGCAGUGGGAGUGGACAUUCAGCAUUUGAGCCCCUGGUGGCCAAUGGAGUCCCUGCCUCUUUUGUGCCUAAGCCUGGCUCUCUGAAGAGAGGCCUCAAUUCUCAGAGCUCAGAUGACCACUUGAAUAAGAGAUCCCGCACCUCUUCUCUGAGUUCCUUGACGAGCACUUAUACAGGCGGUAUCCCAAGCUCCAGCCGCAAUGCCAUUACCAGCUCUUACAGCUCCACUCGAGGUUUCUCUCAGCAUUGGAAGAGGAGUGGUCUCAGUUCAUCACCCUUCUCUAGCCCAGCUUCAUCCCGCUCCCAGACACCAGAGAGACCAGCAAAGAAAAUAAGAGAAGAGGAGCUUUCUCACCCUUCUAGUUCUUCAACUCCAUUGGUAACAGAGAAGGAAUCCCAGGGAGAAAAAGUUUCAGAUACAACGACAUGGAAGAAACAGAACUCAUGGAAUUCCCCAUCUACACCUGGUAGCUCUGGGCAACGCAAAAGGAAGAUCCAGCUGCUGCCCUCCAGGCGAGGAGACCAGCUGACCUUGCCUCCACCCCCCCAGCUUGGUUAUUCGAUCACUGCUGAAGACCUAGACUUGGAAAAGAAAGCUUCGUUGCAAUGGUUUAACAAAGUCUUGGAGGAGAAAACUGAUGCUGCCUCAAGCACUGUCACUGAGAACCCACCUACCACCCAGCCUUUUACUUUUACUCUGUCUCCUGUUGGGACUGCUUCCUCCCCAGCCACCCUCCCAGCCCCAAGCACUAACCCACUGUUGGAGAGCUUGAAGAAGAUGCACAAUUCCCCAAGCCUCCCAUCCUUCCCAGAAUCUGCUGGAGCAGCAACCACCACCGAGACCCAUUCACCUCCUAAGACUUCUGGCCUCCCAGUGCCUCUUGGCUCUUCACAGUCAGGGCCCCUUCCAAGCACCUCCUCAGACUCCAAGUCUACAGUCACUUUCUUGGGACUCACCCCUGCAUCUUCCACAAUACCAGUCACUGACACCACCAAGUCACCUCUGGUCCCUCAGGCUGAGAUACCUGCCAAAUCCCAAACCCCAGCUGCGCCAUCCCCCACCCCCAAGCCAAGUAUUCUGUUUGGAAUGCUGAGUACCCCACCUUCCAACCCUCCUGCCUCUGCAGCUCCUGAUGUAUCUUCAGCAUCUCCCAUGUUCAAGCCCAUUUUUGAGACUCCCCCUAAAAGUGAGAAUGAAGGCCCCUUGCCAUCUAGCCCUUCCAAGGUCACAGCUGCAGCAUCUUCCAACUCUGCCCUCCCCAUGACUCCCAGCACCUCACCCCUCACUUUCAAGCCCAUCUUUGACAGCAUGGGGCCACCUACAUCUGUGCCCUUGUCAACUCCCUUCUUCAGUCAAACAACUACUCCAGCCACUACCACAAGCGCCCCUCUCUUUUCUGGCCAAGCCAGUGCCACCUCUACAGUGGCUUCCAUGACCACAGCCAGCACAGCUGCAGACUCUGCUCCAAAGCCUGUGUUUGGCUUUAGCGUGAGCACCGUGACAAACACCAUGAGCAGUGCAACCAGCACCACUACUUCCACUUCCCAGCCUUUCCUCUUUGGGACUCCCCCCGUCUCUGGUGCCAGCUUUACCCCCGCCCUAAGCUCCAUAUUCCAGUUCGGCAAGCCGCCUGCCAUACCUGCUUCCACAACAGUUACCACCUUCGGUCAGUCCCUUCCCAAUGCCGUUCAGACAGCCACCAGCAGCAGCACUGCAGGCUUCAGUGGCUUUGGCAGCACCCUGACCACCUCAGCCCCUGUCACCACUAGCCAGCCUACACUGACAUUCAGUAGCACCACCACCCCUGCAUUCAACAUUCCCUUUGGCUCCAGCACUAAGCCCUCCCUCCCAUCAUAUUCGGGAGCCAGCCCCCAGCCCACAUUUGGGGCCACUGAUGGGCAGCAGCAGCAGGGGGCAGCCAAGCCAGCCCUGGCCCCAAGUUUUGGCAGCUCUUUUGCUUUUGGAAACUCUGCAGCCCCGGCCCCAAGUGCCGCUCCAGCCCCAGCCCCAGCCCAGCCCACCUUUGGCAGCACUACGCAGUCAGCUUUUGGUGGUUUGAAACCCACAGCCUCUGCCUUCGGUACCUCUGCCAACACCCAGCCUGCCUUUGGCAGCACUACAGCUGUUUUCUCCUUUGGUGCAGCCACCACCUCUGGCUUUGGAGCUACAACCCAAACUACCAGCAGUGGGACCAGUACUAGCUCACUAUUUGGUAGCACGACGCCAUCACCCUUCACGUUUGGGGGCUCGACUGCCCCAGCUGCCGGCGGGGGUUUUGGGAUCAAUGUGGCUACCCCAGGCACCAGCUCCACCUCUGGGGCUUUCAGCUUUGGAACGGGACAGAGUGGGACCACUGGCAACGCCACCCCAUUUGGGGGAGGCUUGAAUCAGAGCACCUUGGGUGCCCCCAGCCAGAGCACACCCUUUACCUUCAAUGUGGCCAGCACACCUGAGAGCAAACCUGUGUUUGGAGGCACCUCCACACCCACCUUUGGUCAGAACAGCUCUGCCCCUGGGGUGGGCACAUCAGGCGGCAACCUCUCCUUUGGGGCAUCCUCAACACCCACCCAAGGUUUUGUUGGAGUUGGGCCUUUCGGAUCAGCGACCCCUUCAUUUUCCAUUGGUGCAGGAUCCAAGACCCCAGGGGCUCGACAGCGACUGCAGGCCCGAAGGCAGCACACUCGCAAGAAAUAGCCUUUGUCCCCUACCCUCCCCCCCCGCCCCCCCCACCCAG